UUGUGAAGGGACAGUGGAGGUGAGCCUGAAGGCAGGGGGACAGUGAGGAGGCCACUGUAAAAAUCCAAGGAGAAAAGGCUCGAAAUCUCCUCCCCGAAAAAGCGCAGCUUCCCAAGGACGAGCGUUCGAGGCAGAUGUCACCUCCCCGGGCUUUGGUUUGCUCCCAGCACGAUAGGCCAGGUCACCGCUGGCUGCACCACGCAGCUGGCACCGCAGGUGCUCCCCAGGCCAGGAGCCACAACCGCCGCAGCUUCAGUAGGAGAGUAGGCCAGGAGUCUCCAAGUGAGAAGCUGCCGUGCACGAGGCCCCGCCCUGGGCCCGGAUUGGCUGGGGCGGGGGCGGGGGCGGGGCCAGAGCGCCGCCGCGCCAGGCCCUUUCCCGUUGGUGCCCGCGGCGGCUCGAGCCCGGAAGCGGACGGGGGUGGCUGCGGAGGCGCUUCGGGCCGGCGGGGGUUGCUGCGCGGUCCUAGACUCUGGGCUCCCGGCGCAGCGGGCAGCAACCAUGCAUCCCCCGCCCCCGGGCCCGCUGGGCGACUGCCUGCGGGACUGGGAGGAUCUGCAGCAGGACUUCCAGAACAUCCAGGAGACCCACCGGCUGUACCGCCUGAAACUGGAGGAGCUGACCAAGCUGCAGAACAGCUGCACUAGCUCCAUCUCUCGGCAGAAGAAGCAGCUCCAGGAGCUGGCCCUCGUCCUGAAGAAAUGCAGACCCUCCCUCCCAGCAGAAGCCGAGGAGGCUGCGCAGGAGCUGGAGAACCAGAUGAAAGAACGCCAAGGCCUAUUCUUUGACAUGGAGGCUUAUUUGCCCAAGAAGAACGGGUUGUACCUGAGCCUGGUUCUGGGGAACGUCAAUGUGACACUUCUAAGCAAGCAGGCUAAGUUCGCCUACAAAGAUGAGUAUGAGAAGUUCAAGCUCUACCUCACUAUCAUCCUCAUCCUCAUCUCCUUCACCUGCCGCUUCCUGCUCAACUCCAGGGUGACAGAUGCUGCCUUCAACUUCCUGCUGGUCUGGUACUACUGCACGCUGACCAUCCGAGAGAGCAUCCUCAUCAACAACGGCUCCCGGAUCAAAGGCUGGUGGGUCUUCCAUCACUAUGUGUCCACGUUCCUGUCAGGAGUCAUGCUAACAUGGCCAGAUGGUCUCAUGUACCAGAAGUUCCGGAACCAAUUCCUGUCCUUCUCCAUGUACCAGAGCUUUGUGCAGUUCCUCCAGUACUACUAUCAGAGUGGCUGCCUGUACCGCCUACGCGCCCUGGGUGAGCGGCACACCAUGGACCUCACUGUGGAGGGCUUCCAGUCCUGGAUGUGGCGGGGCCUCACUUUCCUGCUGCCUUUUCUUUUCUUUGGACAUUUCUGGCAGCUUUUUAACGCACUGACAUUGUUUAACCUGGCCCGGGACCCUCAGUGCAAGGAGUGGCAGGUGCUAAUGUGCGGCUUCCCUUUCCUCCUCCUCUUCCUUGGCAAUUUCUUCACCACCCUGCGGGUUGUGCACCAGAAGUUCCAUAGUCAGCGGCAUGGGAGCAAGAAGGAAUGAGGCCAGCCCCAAAGGGGCUUCUGCAUCCUGUGUGUCGUGGGAGGGGACGAGAGGUGCCCCUUGUAUGUGUGUAUGCAUGUCUGGGGGGGGGGCGUCUCUUCUGUUCUCCUGGGAUUUUGUGGGCUCUGUGGGCCCUGAAGAAGGCCUGUGCCCCAGCCUGCAAAGAGCUGGGGGCACAGGGUCUCAAUAAAGGAAGAGCCACAGA